AUGCAAGACAUGGAUAUCUCAAGCUUGGUUGUUGGGAGUCCGCCCCCUAUCUUCGACCCUAAUUACAAUCUACCACCACCUUGGGAGUUUGAACACCUCAAAGAAGCUAGCGAGUCUGGAGAUAUAGAUCAAGUCCGAAAACUCUCAAAAUCUGACAAAUUAUCCACAAAUGACUUGGUUUAUGCCUUGACCUUAGCACAGCAGCAUGGCCAUAUGAAUGUGGCUGCUUACCUUCUAGACUGUGGUGUUCCUGUACAGAAUUACCACGUCGAGAGUGCUAUUCUCUCGACGGAUUAUCAGUUCCUUAGGCUAUUUCUUGCCAACAGCUAUGACAUCAACGAGCCAAUUACCUGGAACACACCUUCACUACUUAUACGGUCAUUUCACAACCAGGAGCUUUGCGAGUGGCUACUCGAACAUGGCGCAGAUCCAAACGUCCGGUGCGCUCUUGAUAUUACUCCUCUUUCUAUCGCAGUUCAGGAAGCCCCAUUUGAUGUUAUAAAACUGCUUUUUAAACACAAGAGCUCUAUUGAAUAUGGACAGUUGUUGCAUUAUGCCGUGCGGAGAAAUACUCCAGAUUAUCUUGAGGUCCUAAACUUCAUUCUCGAUAAACAUCCGUCCAUCAACCAAGUGAUGUUUGAGAAUAAUCCUACCUCCUACGAUCUACAAAAGCCGUUUGGAAUCGGAACUCGUCUCCAUGAGGCUGUUGAACUGGGUAAAGUAGAUGUGGUCGAGACUCUUCUCGCCAGGGGUGCUGAUCCAGCUGUUCGAGAUGCAAGAGGGGAAUCGGCCGUUGACAAAGCUGAGCGUAAUGGCAUAUCAGCAAUUGUUGAUCGUCUUCGGCACCGGGGUUCGGUUGCUAGUGAGUCAGAUCAGUGCCAUUCUGUCUAG